GGGGUUUGCAGGUUUAAUACAAAAACUGGAGCUUCUCUUCUCAUACUUGCUGUUCCACUCAGACUCUACACUUCCCCUCUCCGGCUGGUGAGAGUUCAAACACUGACGCAAUGCCUCCACCGGGUGUGUGUAUCAACAUCCUCAAUGCCCGUAACCUGAAAGAAGGUUAUGGGACGAUCACCAACCCUGAGAAGUAUCUUAGCCAAGACUUUGAGCAGAUUAAACAGCACUGUCUCAUUAAACAAGUGAGGUACAUAGAUGAAAUGUUCCCCCCUGACAAAAGGUCCAUUGGGACAGGGACACUGAGCCCUGCUGACCUGCAGCGAGUGGUGUGGCUGAGACCACAUAGAAUUGGUCCUAAUCCAAAUUUUGAAGUCGAUGGAAUGUCCAGGUUAGAUUUUGGUCAAGGCGCCAUUGGAAACUGUUGGUUUCUUGCAUCUGUCGGAUCUCUGACGUUCCAGGAUUACAUCCUUAAGCAAGUUGUUCCUCUUGAACAAAAAUUUGAUGAGGACUACUGCGGGCUGUUCCACUUCAGGUUCUGGAGAUUUGGAAGAUGGUUGGAUGUUGUGAUUGAUGACAAGCUACCAACUAUUAAUGGCAGACUCAUCUUUGUUCACUCCAAAAACCCAACUGAGUUUUGGCCUGCUUUGCUUGAGAAAGCCUACGCCAAAGUGUGUGGUUCCUAUUCGGACAUGAAUGCUGGAACUCCUGCCGAGGCUUUGGUGGACUUCACAGGUGGUGUUCACAUGUGUGUUGAUCUGACAGAGCCUCCUCCAAACCUGUGGGACCUGAUGUGCAGAGCUGGCCAAUCCAAGUCAUUGAUAGGCUGUGGUACACCUCAGGGGGAAACAUCUGCCAACACUGUAUCACCAAAUGGAAUAGUCCAAGGCCAUGCCUACACGGUCACAGGUGUGAAACAGCUCAUGAGCCGAGGGCAACUGGUAAACAUGGUGCGUUUGUGGAACCCCUGGGGCCAAGGAGAGUGGAAGGGAGACUGGAGUGAUCAGUCGCCUUUGUGGCAAACUGUGAGUCCUCAAGAUCGUGAGAUGUGCCUCGCAGUGGCCGAUGAUGGGGAGUUUUGGAUGACCCUGGAAGACUUCUGUAAGUUCUAUAAUGAUCUUGACAUCUGCUGCCUGUGUCCCGACUUCCUCGAUGGAAGCACGUCUUGCCACUGGAAGACCUCCAUGUAUGAGGGCAGAUGGGUUGCAGGAACAACUGCUGGAGGAUGCAUGAAUAACAGAGACAGUUACUGGACAAAUCCUCAGUAUCGGGUCAAGAUUGAGGAAUUAUUCAGCGAAUGUUCUGCGAAUCAGGGCGAGAAAAACAUGCUGGUGUCUCUCAUGCAAAAGCCUGACAAGAGAAACAGACGCCUGGUCCAAAAUCUCCACAUUGGAUUCGCUGUAUUUGAGGUGACCAAAGAAUACAAGGCACAGAGCGGGAAGUUCCCAGCCUCUUUCUUCAACGUCAACAAACCUGUCGCCGAAUCUAAAAAGUACAUGAAUGCCCGUGAGGUGAUGGAGUUCACGAUGCUAAUGCCUGGCGAGUACCUGAUUGUGCCGUCCACCUUUAAUUCUAAUGAGACAGCCUCCUUCAUCCUGACCAUCCUCUCCAAAGCAGAAACCCACGUCCAUGAGAAUUCCGAUGGCCACAACCAUGAACAUGAGGAAGUAGAAGAGGCCAUGCAAACAGGAAAAGGCGAGGACGACGAAAAUAAGAGAACCUUUUUCCGUCAAUACUCUGACAAGUAUGAAGAAGUGGAUGCUGAGCAGCUCCAGAGACUUCUAAAUGAAAAGAUCUGGACAGGAGACUUGAAAGCUGGAAGCUUCAGCAUUGAUGCCUGUCGCAGCAUGGUUGCUCUGAUGGAUACUUCAAUUACCGGCAAACUGAAUGGUGAGGAAUUUGUUCGUCUGUGGAAGAAGGUCAUCACUUACAAGGACAUUUUCCUCCGCACUGAUGUUUCAAACUCAGGAACACUGUCACUGAGUGAGCUGAGGAAUGCAAUCAUGGCUUCAGGUAAGAGGAUCAACGAUGACAUGCUGAACUUGCUGGCCCUGCGCUACGGGUCCUCCUCUGGACACAUAACACUGGAGAGCUUCAUCUCUCUCAUCCUUCGCUUCGAGUGCAUGAACCAAAUCUUCAACCAGUUGUCAAAUGGAAUGAACAUGACUCUUCGUGAAUCAGAGUGGAUGUACGUUUCGAUGUACACUUAA